AUGGACACGGAGAAGCACUUCGGGAUGCUGCGCCGGCGUCGGCGCUUCGAUCGCGGCGCCAGGUACGGCGGCCAUGGGGGGGGCACUGUGGUCCUCGGCAGCCCGCAGGUGGCGGAGGACAUCCCCGGGUUCCAGGGCGUCACUCUGCAGAAGCUGACGCCAGGCUCCAUCUGCGAGCUCGAACUGCUGGAGCCCCUGCCGCUGCAAAAGAAGGGUUAUCGCUGGCAGCCGCUCUGCGCGGAGGGCGCGCGGGGCGACGGGUGGAACUUCCACGCGAGGGAGAUGCUGGAAGAGCAGGCCAUCAAGAAGCGAGAGAAGACCAGUCGAAGGUGCCCGGGCCUGGUGGACGUGAUCUACAGCCUUCCGGCGGUCGGUGUUGAAGAGGGCGGCGAGGAGGUAGAGAUCGUGCUGAGCCAGCGCAUGGAAGGCCGCAGCUUCCAUCGGGUGCCGAUCGGCUGCGAGUGCCGCAUGGGGUGCCGGAAAUGCUCCAAGAACAGGGGGAACGGCGGCUUGUGCAAGGGGCUGGCUGAGACCAAUCGUGUCAAGCGCAUGGCGCUGAGGCGGCGGGCCUUUUGCGAGCAGGACGAGGCUUUGCAUGACCUGGCCAAUCGCCACCUGGACGAGGAUCUGGAACACAUCGACCAGGAGCUCCUUGAGGUGCGGGUUGCUGGGCUUCAAAGGUUCUUCAACUUCUUGCUGCAACCAGGCUUGACGGUCAUCCUGGGCAUCAAGCCAAGCAACGGGAUGCUAUCGAUGAAGGGCCUUGCGAUGGCGCUACGGAGGCUGGGCGCAUUUGGAGUUCUGGGCAGUUUGAUCACCACCUGGCGUGACCGAGUUGAAUCCCUGAAGGCGGACGCGGCGCUGUGGGCGCUGCGGCGGUGGCCGGUGGCGAAGGCGCCCAAGGCGCCGCCGCGGCCCUCACGGCUGGAGCCGCCGUAUCUGGACGAUCCCACCUUCAUCCACCCGGAUAAGCAGAACCAGGGCGAGCGCGAGUGGCUCAUGAAGCACAACGGCGGCAGCGUCAAGGAGUUGCCGGGCUUGCCGGAUGAGUACGAGUGGAUUAAGGAUGCAGCGGAGAAGGAUGAGAAUGCCUGGAUCGCGGUGAAGAAGCGCAUGUCCAAGGCGACCUUCGACGCCAUCAAGCGCGCCACCGCGGAGCUCCAGGACGCCUUGUACCUGCGCCAGCCACACCUCAUCCGGCAGCAGAUCGAGGUGGCUAUGGACCAGAACAAGGCCGGCGAGGGGCCCAGCAGCAAGGCCAUCAUGCAAGCGGAGGAGUAUGCCAAGAAGCUGGAGGACCACGAGAAGGACCAGGAGGAGCAGCGAGAAAAGGAGGAGGAGCGGCUGCGGCAGGAGGCGGAGGAUUUGGACCUGGAGGAGGUGUUGGCCAUGGACCGCGCCGGCAAGAGCCAGGCGGGCUUCGCAGCCACCCACCCGGUGCAGCGCACGCGGCGACGGCUCUUCGUGAAGGUCUUGCUGCGCCGGGCACGCGCCUACGAGCUGUUGGGCCAGCUGCCGCUGAGCAUGGACGACCUCCACGUGGUUCUCAAGGUGGAGCCCAACAACGAGGAGGCGAAGCGCCGCCGGGAGGUGCUGCGGAAGUCCAUGCACCCAGCGGCGGCGGCAAAAGCCGAAGCCGAACCAACUGAAGCCGAAGGCGCAGCUUCCGCAGCACCGGCGGCGGAGCUUUCGGCCGUCCCGGAGACGGCCAAAACGGCCGCGGGAAACCCGGCGGACACCUCGAAAGGCGGCGUCAGCGAUGACGAGGAUGUGCCGGAUGAAGGAGUGAACCACGCCUCCACGGCCGCGCUGAUCAACUCAGCCGCGGAGUACAUGAACCGGGCAGACUACGAGUCUGCUUUGUCCAUCUACAACUAUGCGCGGCGGACGUGCAAGAGCUGGGAGUCGCCGAUCUUGGAGCUCAAGGUGCUAAGCAACAGCUCCCUGUGCCUCCAGAGACUGCGGGGUCGGCUGCCACAGCUGCUGCAGGUGUGCAACGACACCUUGUGCCGCAUCCGGGAGAUUCGCGAGGAUGGCGAGAGCCAGGAGCUGCUACUGCUGCGGAUGGAGGCGGCUUGCCUCUCCCGGCGCGGCAGUGCCUUUGCCCAGCAGAGGAAGGCCGAAGAGAGCGCGCAGGAUGCGGCGCGGGUCAAGGAGCUCCUGGCACAGGUGGCGGAGCUGGAAAAGGCCUAG